AUGGCCGUCAUCUUUUCAGGCAGAAUUUAUAAUGUAGAUGUGUACUGCAUAAGGGCGUGCCAAUCUCCUAUACCUUACGCUACUCUUGCAGAAUCUAUUUCUUCACUACCCGUAGCCAAUACAUCAACAUAUAUACCCAGCCAAAGAUGCCUAUUACCGCGGUUCGUGCAGACCAAACCACCAGGAGAGAACACAGACCUUUAUCGAAAAGCAACAGCAACAAUAACAAAGUACUAA